UAGACAUUCUGAACUAUUACCGCUUGAAAGAAGUGGCGUUUAUACAUUUAUUGGUCAUGUCCCAGAUGAAAGGAUGUGCUGGAAAACGGAUAGUACAAAUCACAGGAUUCAAUAAGCACGAAAAAGAGGUCUUAAUUAACUUGUUAAAGAAAAUGGACUGCAUUUUCUUUCUUAGUGAUGAAUAUAAGGACUGCACACAUUUAAUUGCAGGAAAGCCUUGUCGUAAUGAAAAAUUUUUAUCAGCUUGUGCAGCAGGGAAAUGGAUACUGACUAAAGAUUAUGUAAUCCAUAGUGCUGAAAGAGGCAAUUGGCUUGACGAAACAACCUAUGAAUGGGGAUACAAGACAGAACAGGAUUCAUGCUAUCCAGUUGUGAUGCAGUCUGCACCCAAACGAUGGCGAGAGAAGCUAUCACAGACUGGUAUUCCAGGAGCAUUCUAUGGGUGGAAGGUUGUAUUACUUAUAAAAAGCAGUGAUUGCCGAAAACUGGCUGUUGAAAGAAUUCUCUGUGCUGGGAAGGCAGUCGUGUGUUAUCAGCCAGAUCCAUUAGAAGAUGUUACUCAUGUGUUCACGAGCACUGGAACUUUCAUGCAGGACAAUAGCAGAAAAGUUUAUAAUGCACCCUACUAUCCACUAACCUAUGUGGGAGAAGUCCUUCUUGAGAUAGUGAGGCAGAGUGACAAGAGCUAUGUACAGAUUUCUGAUAAUACAUCACUCUCUGGAUAUAUGAUGCCAUCGAUACAAGAUCCCAAAGACCUUGACCUUGAGGUACAUUCUGUUCAGUUUGAGAAAAGUGUUCCAUGCAUUCAGGAUGAUCAUUUUAAGGCUGCAUUAUGGACCUAUGCAUCUUCAAAUCAGAGUAUGGAAAGCAGAUAUCCAGUAGCAUGUAUUCCUACUUUCUGCAACAGUGGAAAGGCUAUUCAGGAUUGUCCUAGGGCCAAUCGUAAUCUGAUUGAAAGUCUUCUUGAUGGACAUUUCUUCAUGGAUGCAGUGCGUGAACUUUUUUCCCAGUUACCAGAUUUUCUCCCUCCUGCAAAACUUCUCCAGACUUUGCUGUUGCAUAUUGUUCAGGGUUUUGCAGAUGUUGCAUUCUCAAGUACUUUUAUACAGGUGUUAUAUAGCAUCCUUAGGAUCUAUCCACCCUGGCACUCACCUGCUAUGCUUAAGUACUACAUGAAUAUCUUGCAGUGUCCUUUGUGUAUGGGAGGAAGCUGGUCCUUAAUUGAAGUACUUGUGAGAGCCUGCCUUUUCGGUGGAGACUGCUGUCAUCUGAUGGAUGCAGAUGUACAAAUUAUUCAAAUGCAGACAUUUUUCAAGGCUUUGCUAACAUUUUUUCUCAAUUUGUUUGAACUUGAAUUCACUGUUUUAAAUAGAAGAGAAACUGUUAACUCUCAGCAUUUGAGUGCAGUGUCAACAUCUGUACUUGGCAGAAUUUUUUGGGAUGGAAACAAAACUUCUAGACUGUUUACCAAACCUGUGAGAAUUUUGGUAGAUUAUAUAAUUCAGGCAAUCAAGAAUCCAAAGAAAUCACCGAAUACUAAACAAUCAUACAGUGAGAUGGAUCUUGAAGCAGUGUAUGUUGUCAGUAGAAUCCUGGGAAUAGUUGUGGAAUACUGGGUUCUUGCAGGUAGGAUAAUGGACAGGUAUGUGGCCCACCAAGUGGCAGAAGAUGUAGCCAGCUAUUUUGCUACAGCUUGUGAUGAUUUUACAACCAAAGAAGUGGAGUUGCUGAUUAGUUUGAUGUUGUCACCUUGGUUACAGAUGUUUGUGGCAGAUGCUUUCUUUCAGCAAAGAUUUUUAAGGCAGUCCAUUCUUCAUAGUACAGAAUCACUCUCACUUAAUACGCUGGUCUCUUAUUUAACGGCUUUAGGUGGAAUGGACACUUGUGAACCAGUGAGGGUAAAAUACCCCAAGGGAAGGAAAAUGGGACCGUGGCCUUGGCCUGAACCUGAAAAAACACUCCUGGGAAUAACUGGUAGCAGGCGCAGCCAAGCUAGAGAUCUGCCAGAUCUGCCGGAUUUCAACCAGAACCAAGGCAGCCUACCCACCAUACAACUUCAAAAAAAUCCAGAAGGGAGCCAGAAGUCCAUCAAGAGGGAACAAAAUUGUGAUUCAGCAAGAAGAGUGUCCAACAUUCUCAGAGUUAACAUAAAAGGAGAGACAGCUCUGCACAGAGCAUGCAUAAGAAACAAAGUGGAAAGACUGAGUGAGCUUGUCUCCUUGCCUGGGACUGACAUCAAUGUAAAAGAUAAUGCUGGUUGGACACCUUUGCAUGAAGCCUGCAACUAUGGAAACACGGAGUGUGUCCGUGAAAUUCUGCAGCAUUGCCUUGAAGUAGACCUACUCAGUGAAGUCAAUGGUGUGACUCCUUUACAUGAUGCCCUCUCAGAAGGACAUGUUGAAAUUGGGAAACUGCUGCUGCAGCAUGGGGGACCGGUGUUGCUGCAGCAGAGGGAUUGUUAUGGAAAAUACCCACUAGAUUAUGUUACUUCUCCACGUCUGAAAGAAGAAUUGUUUAGCAUUGUCCAACAAAAUGAGACCAUGAAGGACUUUCAUGACAGAGUUGACAAAAUAUUCCAUAACCAACAUACAGAAUUUGGUUCUCACUUACUUUGUAUUUUAUAUCUGAAUUACUGUUCUGUUUAUAGUUUGCCUCUGCACUUUGUCUGUAUAUAUGGUAAAGCACUUUGUUCAAAUACACCUCAAAUUAUGGGCCUUGACAGGGAUAAAAACACAACUACUAGUUUCACUGAAUGGCUAGUAAGGCAAUAUGCAACAGACUUGGAGACCUGCGUUAGGCUUCCAGAAGUAUUAAAGCAGGUACAAGAAAGCCUGCAAAAAUUCACUGGGCAUUACACACAGGUUUUGCUUGCAUUACUUGAAACCAUAGUACUUCAGAUUACUGAUCUUUAAUUACUGUACAGAUGUC